AUGGAUAUAAAAAAUAAAAUUUUAUUAUUUUUAAUAAUUAUACUUUCAAUAAAAUUAGUACAGGCGUCUAUAAUUGAAGAAAUUGUUUUUGAAAACAGAUUUUCAAAAAAAUAUUCAUCAACAACAACUUGUGAAUUUAAAUAUAAAGUUUUGUGUGUGGAAGAAUCUCCUGAGGAUGAUUGUGACAAUUUAGAAUUUAAAGAACCACAAUAUGUUAAAUUGGGUGACAAAAUUAGUAAUGGAACAGCAACAGUUAUCGAUAUUACUUUAAACACACCAAUUGGCAAUUAUUCCAAUACAAUCAAUUCAACAUCUACUUUUAAAAGCGAGUGUUUAGGUAAAAAUAAAUAA